AUGUCUCAAAUCACAGCUUCGCACCCAGAGAACAGCCAGAAUGUCUCUGUCAAGGUUAAAUUCUAUGUAUCUCCAGGUGUUCUUUUCAACGACGUGGGAUUGGAGUUUAUGGAGAAACCUUCGGUUCUCUCCAACAAAGACUCACUCAUGAAGACCAUCAACAAUCGGUUGAAACGCUUGGCCUUGGACAAAAGUGCCUUUCAGGAGAUUUGGUCCUUGCUCCACAACAAAUCAUUCACCGUUAGCAUUGCUAGAAGGUCGAUGAAGCAGCAGAAAUAUGUUACACUCAAUGGUCCAUCGGACUAUCAGGCAAUGAAGAGAAGCUUGCAAGUUCGACACAAGCUCAAGCUUUCUUUGAUGUUCUUGAAGAACACUUCUAGUUUGGAAUGUUUAGAGCCAACCACUCCUCCUGCAGCAGCAACCAGGAGAGCUACUAAUUCCGCUGAAGAAAGUUCACCUGUUGGAUUUGUUCCGUCUUCUCCGCAUACAUUUAAUUUCCAAGAUGCAGUUAAUGGCUUUCUUAGAUGUUCCAAUUUGGAAGAGCCUCUUGGCCCGUGCGUAGAUUUAGCAACCAAUGCCAUUAGCGGAUUUUUGAGAACGGACGCCGGUAAACAAUUGAAGGAAAGCGUUGAUUCUGUUUCAAUCAGUGCUAUCAGUGCCAUUUCAGAGCUUCAAAAGCGUGUCGAAUCUCUUGAAUCAAACCAGAAGCCGACCACAGAGAACGAGAUUUUGGAGUCCAGGAUUGGUGAACUUGAGAAGAAGCUAAAGAAAUUGACAUUGGCUAAGUCGGAAGUCGAGAAGGUUUCUGCUUCUACUAGAGCCUUCAGUUUCCUUGGUUCCGAUGGCUCAGAGUUUCCUGAUGUUGUCCACUCUACUGUUAUCUGUGAUGGUUGCGACAGAGUCAUCCAUGGUAACAGAUACAAGUGCAUGGAAUGCUUUGAUUUCGACCUUUGCGAGGAAUGUGAGAAAGGCCACAAGGAAGAAAUGGAACAUAAGAGUACUCAUCAAAUGCUUGUCAUCAAGUUGGCCGAGUCUCCAAAAUCAAUGGCGAUUGAUAGCUGUGGUAGCUGCUGCCCCCUCAUGACUCGCAAUAUGCCCAAUCAAGUUGCCGAUGAAUUUGAGCAAUACUUCGAGGAUCAGGGGGAAAAAUUGGAUAAGUUGAAAGUGCAGGCCUCUCAGUACGCAUCUAUCAUUGACUUGGUUCCAGGCGACGACGAAGAAACAAAAGUGACCAAUCUACGUAAGAUUAUCAAUGAUUUUAACAAUAAAGAGAAUGCUGCCUCCUCUACUGAAGUUCAAUCCAUACUUGAUGCGAAAACCAAGUCUGUUAAUGGUUCCGAGGGAAAGAUAUUUUGCUCCUGUUGCCUCCAACAGUCUGGAAGAUUACUCAAUGUGAGUUUGUGGAACAUGACUAAUGACAGCUUUGAAAGACCAGCGAUUAAUGUUGGAUUUACUGAAGGUUCCGGUAUCAAGGAUAUCAAUGGUAUUGAGGUUACUCCAAAUAAAUUUACUCCAGCUGCCUUGAAGACCAUUGACGUCGAUUUGUUGGAUUAUUUCAAAGAUCCAAUUGAUGCCCUCCAUAUCGUCGACCAUCAAGUAGAGACUAUUACCCUGGUCGAUGGUACCGAUAAGACAAAGGUUUAUCAGGGAAAGAAGUCGUUUGGAUUUCUUAAGAAGCUGCCUGUGAAAGAAAUUGUGAAAGAAUCGGAGCCCGAAUCUCAAUCUAUGAGCAGCACCUUAAAGUUUCCAGAACUUCCUAGGGAUGACUUCGUAGUUGUUGAGCCUGAAAAGGAGAGCAUUACUGAAGCUCCUGUGGUUGAUAACUCCAACGUCAGCACCAGCGCUGAUGCCGAUGCUGAUGCUGAUGCUGAUGCUGAUGCUGAUGCUGAUGCUGAUGCUGAUGCUGAUGCUGAUGCUGAUGCUGAUGCUGAUGCUGAUGCUGAUGCUGAUGCUGAUGUUGCCGAGGACUACGAUAUUCUCUCCGCUACUGAUUACGAGUCCACUUGA